CGUGACGUGAGGAAGAUGGUUGGUGUAGGAGUCCUCACCUUCACCACCUGCCGCAGCUGAUCGUGACACACUCGGGCGAUGUUGUUGCUGAACCAAAGCUACUGAUCCCCGUCUACACGCCUACAACCCGCCCGUGCCCAACCACACUCAGUAAUGGCUGGCGGGUAGGACCUCCAUCAGCCUCCCCUUAACACCCUGACCUGACCCCCCCCCCCUCAUCACCCAGCCUUGAACUUACCCUCCCACGGCUUUAAUUUGGUCCUCAUCCACACACUCACCCUGCCCAUACCUUGCCCCUUCACGCACAAUAGGCCUUGUCCACACACUACCUAGACCCUACCUGCCCCUACGAGCUCCUGACGUAGACCCAGUAGCCGUCGUGUCAACGUUCAGGGGACGUUUCUAGCCCAGUCAUGGCCUCCUCCAGGACCUCUUCUACGUGAAGUGUGUUGUUGUUCGGACAGGAGCAAGGCGACGCCUACCACAGGUCUGGUCUAUACACCCACCAUGAGCACAAGCCACUGCACCAACACCUGGAGUUGGCCCCCAGACUCAGCACCACCACCACCACCCCUGUCACUACCACUAUCACAACCACCACUACCACCACUGCCACCACCAACAGCCGGGCGUCGCGCAACAACAGCACGUGCAGCACGACCAGCGGUGGCCGCACCAGACACAGCAGCAACAACAGCGUGAGAGGAGCACCCACCAUGAGUCGCAACAACAGCAACGCCAGCAGUAACAGCACCCACAGCCUGGGUAGUGCUGCGCGGGGGGCUGGCCUCAUAGUAGACACCAGUGCUGUUACUGCCGUGCUGAAGGAAGAUGGAGGGGUAGUGGAGGGCAGCCUGGAGGGGGAGCCCUCCCUCAUGGAAGCCUCCACUGCCACCGCCUCCACCGUCGACUCCACAGCCGAGUUGGUUCACAGUUCCCAUGGAUUGUCGUACAACACCACCACCAGCUCCCCCACCACCACCACCAUCAUUGCACCUCCAGUUGACUCCAAUGAUUGUGGUCUGUUCACCUUUAGGCCCGCCUUCCUUCAGAGAUUAGCCAACAUCAAGAUUUUUGUAUUUUUGCUGUCUGUUCUGGUAACUGUCCAACAAGCUCUAGCAUCGGGGUACCUCAACUCUGUAAUCACCACCAUAGAAAAGCGAUAUGAGAUCCCUUCAUCGCUUACUGGAGUCAUAUCCUCAAUGUACGAGAUUGGAAAUGUAAUUACUGUCAUUUUUGUCUCGUAUCUGGGGUCCAAGAGACGAAUACCUGUUUGGAUAGGAGUUGGUUGUUGUGUAAUGGGCAUUGGGUCUAUGCUCUUCAUAAUGCCUCAACUUAUAGCUGAUCGCUGGUCUAUUGAAUUGGAAACUAUUAAUAACACAGACUCUAGCAACAAUAUUUGUCGAAAUGCCCGGGUGCGAGAUGAUACAUCUGAGCGGCUCUCAGAGUAUGGCUUUGGAACUCUUCCAGACCUCUCAAAAGGUGUGCCUUUAGGAUCGCAUAAUAGCAUUCAAUACGGCAAACCGGAUAAUUGCAUCAAGGGGUCUCGGAGCAAUGUAAUGCCUGUAAUGUUCUUUAUGCUGGCCCAGCUGCUGCUAGGUGCAGGAGGCUCGCCACUCUUCACCCUUGGAACAACUUAUAUUGAUGAUCAUGUAAAGAGAGAGAGCUCCUCAAUGUAUAUAGGUAUUAUCUACACCAUGGUGGCCUUUGGACCUGUGCUGGGAUUCUUACUUGGAGCAUAUCUCAUCUCCUAUUAUGUUGACACACUGUUUGUUGAUACAUCAGUAAUGCAAGCAGAUCAUAAACAUCCACGAUGGAUUGGGAUGUGGUGGGGCGGGUUCCUCUUGUGUGGUCUUCUGCUCAUAUUUAUUUCCAUUCCAUUUUUUAUGUUUCCUAAGACACUUAAGAAAGAAAAGGAGAAGGUAAGAAUGGAAGAGAAGACAAAAGAAUUUCAGAAGGGUCAUCGCCGCACAAAAUCCCAGACGUCAACAUGCUCACGUCACUCCACUCUCUCCACCAAGCGAGUGUAUGGCAAAGAUGUACGAGAUAUUCCACUAUCGAUGCUUAAGCUGUUGGUUAAUCCCAUAUAUGUCAUGACAUGCUUAGGAGCAUGUAUGGAACUCAUGAUAGUCUCUGGUUUCAUUGUGUUCCUGCCCAAGUACCUGGAGACACAGUUCUUUCUCUCAAAUGUUCAGGCCUCCAUCUUUACUGGUGGCAUAGCGAUACCUGGUGCUUGUAUUGGUAUCUUCCUGGGAGGCUACCUACUGAAACGGUUUAGCUUACGCCCAAAAGGUGCCAUCCAGAUGGUUAUGGUCUUCAACCUAAUUGGUCUAAGCUUUUAUGGUCUCCUUUUUGUCCUGGGGUGUGACAACGUGAAGAUGGCUGGCACCACAUCCCCAUACUUCAACACUUCAAUGGCACAUUCAGUAGCAAACAAUCCUGGCCGACUGGACAAUGGAGGAUCAUUCCAAGUAAACUUAACAGCUUGGUGCAAUACUGGGUGCUCGUGUACCUCAUCACUUGUGGAACCUGUGUGUGGCAACAAUGGACUAACCUACUUUUCACCUUGUCAUGCUGGAUGCACAUCAUAUUCUCCACAGCACAAAUUUGCUAACUGCACAUGUAAGUUACAGGUGUUUGUUAAUGAAAUGUUUUAAUGGAGCUGCAGUACUGUGACCUGUAGACAUUUUGAAGGGUAUUUCGUCCUUGCAAUCACAUGUCAUUAGUAGUGAAACUUUUUGCCAACUUUAUUGUCACACAUUGGGUGCUCACACAAUAAAUAGUUUGUAUUAUAUUUAUACUCUUGUUAUAUUGAAUAAGACUGAGGACAUUUUUUGCAUGAUACAAGUCCAGUACGCCUGGAUAAUUCACGAAUUUUUAUUUUGCGGUUCUCUAUUAUUCGCGGA